GCACGCUUUUUGGCAGUCAGUAAGUCAGAAUACGAGAUGUUGUCCAUUAUGUUUCUAUGCCUUUUGGCGCUAAUUGUAGUUUCACGGUUUCUCUGGGUCACAUUUGGGAUGAACGAGUAGUGCCAAACGUGGCAGGGAAAUCAAAGGCUGCUGGUUCCUGAGAUUGUUGCGUAGCCUACUUAUGUCGUAGAGACGCGGAGAGUGAGAGAGAGCGAGAGAGAGAGAGGGAGAGACAGAGAAAGCGAGCCAGCGGUACGCUGAGGAGAGGCAGACAGGAGAGGGAGUUUUGUGAUAAUAGCAAGAAGACCUGGCGAAAGAACGGACGGUUUCCCGGACUGGGAUAUUUUGGGGUGCAUUGGUUUGGGUUUGUUUUGCAUCGUGGAGGGUAACUUCUUCAUCAAUCGCUGUACGCUACCUUUUUGAGAAGGUUGAAGCCACUGCCUAGGUCAACUGUGAGAGAUGGCCAACAACGUCGGAGUUCUUUUGGCUACUGAUAUGCAAGCACUCCCGGACUCGGUCGAACAAUGGGCAAUCAAGAAUUAUGAGGAUAAAUUGUCUGGCGGGGCUUCUUUACAAGUUGCGAAGAACAUUCUAGAAUCUAGCUUCAAACUUGAAGCCGGGACAUCAUCAAUGGGUGCAGUGGUAUCGUUAGUGCAAACUCCAGGUCUUCAUUCCCCAGCCUACUUGGCGGAGGUUGCCCGUGUUCUUGUGUCUGGUGGCGAUCUCAUCGUUCAAGAGCCUCUUCUUGCAGAAGCUCAAGAACAGAAGUGUUCUAGUGCUCAAACAAAAGCUCAAUUGGAGCGGAAUUUGCUACUUGCUGGCUUCGUGAAUCUUGAAGUUGUCGACUCUGUAGUCGGAGUGGAGAUUGCUAAAGCAUGUACGACGAGUUCUGUUGCUUUGAAUGUGGUCGCGGUGAAAUCUAGUAAGCCUUCCUGGGACACCGGAUCCGUGUUUCAGAUCAGAAAGAAGGUCUCCAAUCAAAACGGCAAUUUCAGGACAAGUGGUAAUUACCAACCUGUGAAGCUUACUGCUGGAGAGACAGUGGACGAUUUUCCGCUAAAUAGCAAACCAGCAGUGAAAGUGGACCUCUCUAGUGAUUUUAAGAAUGACGAGGAGGAACUCAUUGACGAGGAUGAUCUCCUUACAGAGGAGGACUUGAAGGCACCUGUUCUACCCGCAGCGGAGAGUUGUGCUCCAACCAAGAAAGCAUGCAAAAACUGCACAUGCGGUCGUGCUGAACUUGAAGAGAAGGAGCAGGAGACUAAACUUACAACCGCUCAAAUUAACAACCCGACGUCUUCCUGUGGCAGUUGUGGACUAGGAGAUGCAUUUCGUUGUGCCGGAUGUCCAUACAGGGGCAUGCCUACUUUCAAGCUUGGAGAAAAGAUCACUCUUGGAGGGUCACUAUUGGUGGCUGAUGCAUGAAGUACGAUCGUUUUAAAUCUAUGACAAGUGCAAUGAAGUGUAGGUCAGGCUCGAGUCUGGGAGGUAGAAAACCACCAAUUUUGAUUUAGGUGAUUCUUGAUCUUGGACGGUGCAGCCAUUGCUAGCACCCAUUCACGGUUAGGUAGUCAGGUAGCGGUGAAGGCUUCACAGAGGAAUAUGUCAUCAAUUGAAAGCAGUUCUACCUGUAGUUACAUGAUGCAAUAACAUGCUAAGCUCCUUUCAUAAGUUUCUAUCAUGUUCCUCAUAGAUAUCUGCUGCAGAAGCUACUAUUAAUCGAUCAUCUUGCAUCAAUAUUUUGUGGGAAAGGUGUUGGUUGCUGCAUCUAGAUAAUUCAAUAGAUCCAAAGCAUGGUCUAAAUUUAUAUUUCA